AUGAUACAGGUGAUAUUAGUGGAAGGGUGGCAUGAUUUAGAUAACAAAGACUAUGACUGUUGGCCCCUGGAAAAACCAGAUGAGUAUAAUAUGCUGGACUGUGGAGGCCUGGAGAUGGCAUGGGUGCAAAGGCCUCCAGAAAAGGCUGUGAGUGGGGAAUUCUUCAACGUGACAUAUGCAGUCUUUGCUUCAGACAGCUUUUAUCAAUAUGCGGUGAAAAAUGGAAUCCUUUCUCACAGCAUAAUUAGCAAUGCUACUGCUGCGAAGAAAUUCUGUGAGGAGCAUGAAUGCCCUGACAGCUGGAAAGAUGCAAAUGGGGAGAACUGCUGUGUCUACCAUGCUAACAUUCACUCCUGUCCUUUGGCCUUCAUGGGUAGAGGAGGAAUAUGUGGUCCAUGGAUCCCAGAUGAUGGCCAGAUAUUUACUCACACUUUGUCUACAGCUGGCAAAAUGAGCCAAAGAAACUGGACUGCCAAGGUUGUUUUAGUUCAUGUGGGUGUGACUUCUCUCAUUGCACACAUCAGAGUUGGAAAAAUGCAAGUUGCUCUGGAAGCAAAAACCACUGUCCUUCCUGCAGUAGUCUGUGGAGAUGGCUUUUGUGAAGAAGAAGAAGGCUGCUCUAUCUGUCCGGCCGACUGUGGGGAAUGUCCACUGUCUGCUGAUGCUAGAAUAGCAAUUGCCUUACCAAUAUGUUUAGUCUGCACCAGCUUCAUUUUGACAGUCAUAUGGUUUCAAUAUCAGAAACAAAAGAUGUUUUGGGAUGAAAGCUGGAUUAUAGAUUUCACCUGUAUCAAACAAGAUCACAUAUUACAGACAGCAACAGGAAGCAUGAUGAGUGCUCCCCCUGCGCCCAGUGACUCCAAUGCCAGCUCUAUCACUGCUCUGAGCUCCUGCACAGCAGCUGCUAACAUGUCCAGGAAACAGUACUUCACCCAGACUGGGAGAUAUGAUGGUAGAACAGUAGCUGUAAAGAAAAUAACGAAGAAGGCAUUCACACUGUCAAAAUCCAUACGUAAAGAAGUAAAGCAAGUGAGAGAACUUGACCAUCCCAAUCUCUGCAAAUUCAUUGGAGGUUGUGUAGAAGUGCCAAAUGUUGCCAUUGUGACAGAGUACUGCCCCAAAGGCAGCCUGACUGAUGUUCUGCUCAAUGAAGACAUUCCUUUGAACUGGGGCUUCAGGUUUUCUUUUGCUACAGAUAUUGCACAAGGAAUGGCCUAUCUUCACCACCACAAAAUGUAUCAUGGACGGUUGAAGUCUAGUAACUGUGUGAUAGAUGACCGAUGGGUUUGUAAAAUUGCAGAUUAUGGUUUGCAGUCAUACAGGAAGGAAGAUUCUCCUGAGAGGUCAAGCUCAUACCAGCAGCAUUUGAUACAGAUUUACACAGCUCCUGAAAUCCAUUCCCUUUCAGAGUUUGAACCCAAUUCUACGACAGACAUCUUCAGUUAUGCCAUCAUUUUACUAGAAAUUGCCACAAGAAGUGACCCUAUGCCAGUAAGUAAAGAUGAACUUUCAACUGAAUACUCUUCGUGCCCACCUUUGGCAGAAUUAAUUUCAGGAAAGGCUGAGAAUUCUUGCCCAUGUCCCACAGAUUACAUAGAAUUAAUCAGAAGGUGCAGAAAAAAUAAUCCAGCCCAAAGGCCUACAUUUGAACAAAUCAAGAAAAUGUUGUAUAAAAUGAAUCCUAAUAAAGUUAGCCCUGUUGACAUGAUGAUGACUUUGAUGGAGAAAUAUAGCAAACAUCUAGAGAUAUUGGUUUCUGAGAGAACUCAGGAUUUAAUGCAUGAAAAACAGAAGACUGAUCGCCUAUUGUAUAGUAUGUUGCCAAAGCAAGUAGCAGAUGACCUCAGGCAGGGAAAACAUGCACAAGCUCAAAGUUACUUAAGUGCCACCAUCUUUUUCAGUGACAUUGUGGGCUUCACUCAGCUGUCCAGCAGCAGCACACCUUACCAAGUGGUAGAUCUCUUGAACAAGCUUUAUACCACUUUUGAUGAAAUCAUAGAUAAUUAUGAUGUCUAUAAGGUGGAGACAAUAGGAGAUGCCUAUAUGGUGGUGUCCGGAGUACCCAAAGAGAAUGGGAUCCUUCAUGCCAGUGAGAUUGCAAGCAUGGCUUUAGACCUUGUGGAUGUCUGCAAGACUUUUAAGAUCCCACACAAACCCAACACCCUCCUAAAGAUAAGAGCAGGAAUCCAUUCAGGGGCAGUUGUAGCUGGAGUUGUUGGGACCAAAAUGCCACGAUAUUGUUUAUUUGGAGAUACUGUGAACACAGCUUCCAGGAUGGAAUCUACUAGUGAAGCUCUUAAAAUACAGUGCAGUUCAAGUGCAUACCAGCUGCUGGAACAGAUUGGGGAGUAUGUGUUAGUAUGCCGUGGGAAUUUACAAGUCAAGGGGAAAGGAGACAUGAUAACAUACUGGCUUGAAGGUAAAAAAGACUCUUUUACCCAGAAGGCAGUCACCAGCACUUCUGUGACUCUUCAAGACCCCAGAAGAGCUUCGUUUGGUUUGAUACCAGGUGUUCUUUCCAGUGAUCCUCUCUCAAGUCCUGCUUACUAGCCACUCACAAAGUCUAGCAUCCAUCCUGCUUUCAGCCUGCUAGGUCACCCUUCUGAAUUAGAAAGUAAGAAAAGAGAUAGUACACCCCUUUGGCCUUGUGGAUGUAUCAUUUAUUCACAGGUAUCUUUCUCCCACCAGUGGCAGGAAAAAUACAAAAAAGCAAAAACAUCUGAUGAAUGAUACAUAAGACUGGCCCACCAGCUGCUAGGGCAGAAGGUAGCUCCCAGUG